GUUGUUAUGAGUGGUUGAAUGCGUGUGAUCGCCGGAGGGGGUGCUGGAUGUUCUGUUUUGGUUUUUUUCGCAGUGGAUUAUUUAGACUAGUAACAGCCGCUGGUCCGGCGGGGCGCCUCUGAUGCUGCCGGCCCACCCGCCGCCCUCCUGCGCCACCCGCUGCGGUCUGUAGGCGCUCCCUGCCGUGGCCAGCUGCUCUCUGCGGGUGCUCUGAGGUCGGGCGGCGGCGGCGGCAUGGCGGCGCCGGCUCCCGGCCGCCUCUGAGCCUCUCCCCUGCCCCGCUGCUGCAGCAGCUCGCUGCCCGCGCCGCCCAGCAGCCAUGAGCCAGGAGCCGAUGAUCAGCGAUGGUGUGUCCGGCUCCAAGAAACUCUACCGCAUCGGCCAGUAUGAGCUGGAACAGACCAUCGGCAAGGGCAACUUUGCCGUGGUCAAAUUGGCCACCCACAUCAUCACACAGGCCAAGGUGGCCAUCAAGAUCAUCAAUAAGACGAAAUUGGACGCCGACAACCUCAACAAGAUUAUGCGGGAAGUGAAGAUAAUGAAAAUUCUCCGGCAUCCUCACAUCAUUCGCUUAUAUCAGGUGAUGGAGACUGAGAAAAUGAUCUACCUCGUGAUGGAGUACGCCAGCAAAGGGGAGAUCUUUGAUCAUAUGGUCGCCAACGGGCCACUCAAAGAGUCCGAGGCGCGGCCAUGGUUCCGACAAAUCCUGGCCGCCGUCCAGUACUGUCACCGCAAGAACGUCGUCCACCGCGACCUCAAGGCCGAAAACCUGCUGCUGGAUGCCGAGGACAGCAUUAAACUGGCCGACUUUGGCUUCAGCAACUUUUACUCCGAGUCGGACCCGCUGACAACCGGCUGCGGCAGUCCUCCGUACGCGGCGCCAGAGCUGUUCGAGGGAAAAGAGUACGACGGACCCAAGGCCGACGUAUGGAGUUUGGGAGUUGUUUUAUAUGUCCUUGUCUGCGGAGCUCUGCCGUUCGACGGCAAUACGCUACAAAUCCUGCGGGGCAAGAUUCUCUCCGGAAAAUUCCGGAUUCCCUACUUUAUGAGCACAGACUGCGAGAGCCUGAUCCGACACAUGAUGACAGUCGACCCGGAGAAGCGCUACAGCAUACCACAGGUGCUGCGCUGUCGGUGGGUCACCCAGGACCUGGACCCAGACGAGGCAGAGCGGGUGGUGUCCUUCUGCGAGCGACCCGACCUCGAUCAGCCGCCGCCUGUACAGCAGAGUGUGGUGGAGCUGAUAGCCCAGCUGCCCGGAGUGACGGCCCAGCAGGUCCAGCAGUCUGUACAGUCGAACCUGUACGACGACCUGGCCGCCUGCUAUCACCUGUUGUGUGAUCAGGCGGCGACGGCUCCCCUCCUGCCCACGGCCGCCGCGGCGCCCGCCCUGCCCAAGGUCCUCACCUCCAUAUGGAGUGAAGAGGCCGACAAGGGACAGUUCGAGGACGCCGAGCGUCACCUGGAGCUGGAUCUGGAGGAGACGUCCAGCAACAGAGACCAGUACCACUGUUCGCGGCGGCACACGGUCGGGCCCGGCGACACGGCGCAUACACAAGUUCAGGUAUCGUUCGGGGUUCCGCCCGCCUGGGGCUACGGCGUGCCGACCGGCGUGGGCGGCGGCGGCGGCGCGGCGCGUCUGUACCCGGUGCUGCCGCAGACGAAUCUGGCGCAGAACCUGCCGCUGGUGCAGCACCAGCCACCGCAGCGGUUCAGCACCAAGGAUCAGCAUCUGCUCAAACCGCCCACUGUGCUCGGCGCCUUCGGCGGGUUCGGUCGCCGCGCUUCGGACGGCGGUGCGAACCUGCAGCUGAGUUACCGGCAGCCGGGCGGAGCCGCGCAGCCGGCUAGUCAGGAGCAGCUCUGCCUGCUACAGAGGACCGGUGCCGAGCCCGGAGCGCCCGGAGCAGACGGAGAGAUGGAGGAUGGCGGAGCGAGGUACGGUGACGACAAACGCCUGGACGAGAGCUCACUGUGCGAACGACGGGUCAGCGCCGGGAGCGCGGGUAGCACCAAAAUCCGCCGGCCCAGCCUCAAAGAGCCGCCUUCAGGCAGUGCGUCUGCCUUUAUGUUGGAGCGAGCGCUGAUCACACAGCAGCGCAUCCAACCGAUUGGCGCCGACGGUAACGGCCGGCGGAGGAGGACGGGUCUGAUUACGGUGGGCCUGUCCCCGGUCCUGGAGAACUCCACUCUUCAUACACCUACAGUCGGAGAGAGCACCGAUACGACCUACGGCGGCCACUACCCCAACUCGCUACGUAUUCCCUCGGACCGCUACACCCGCCGUGUGAGCGACUCGUCAAUGCUGGGACAAGACCAGGACGCCGUACGGGAACUGGAACAGCUUAAGCAACACAGCCGGUCGGUGGACAGCACCACGAUGCAGGAGUUGCAGCUGCAACACACGCGCCACUUUCUGCAGCGAAGACAGGAGGGCGUCGGACAGCUGGGAGCGCCAGGCGGACUCGCUCACACGGGUAGCCACAGCGACCAGGCGCUACUACGUAACAUGGAAACGCUGCGACUACAGACUGAUGUGUCCCUGCAGCCGUUCGGACUUGGACCAGUCAGUGCCACCCUGCAGCGUCACAGCUGUCCCGGCUCCCCCGUCUCGCUGCCGACCCGUCUGGUGAGCGCCCCGUGCUCGGCCGGCGGCAGCAUCACCUCUGGUACCUCCAACUCGAGCGCGGCCGCCUCCCGCGAGCAGCUGGUGCCGCUAGAGACCGGUCUCCACCACCUGCCGCAGCUGCCGCACCGCGCCGGCAGUCCUCUGACGGCCGCCAACCUGGGCCGCAUCCAGGAGGACUCUGAGAUGCUGCUGGGCAUGCCGUUGGUGGCGCCGCCGGCCGCCGGCCAGCGGAUGUCGAUCACGACGGGCACGCUAGCGCCGGAGCCGGCCGCCGCGCCGGCCAUCUCUGUGACCGACGAGAGCGGCGCGCCGGUGGUGGACGGCCAGCCGCCGCCGCCGCCGCUCUACCAGGUGGUGCCGGCCGGCGCGCGGCCGCAGAGGCCCAGCAUCACGCGCGGCACGGGCCUGCGCCAGUUCUGGGGCGUGCCCGGCUGGCCGGGGCUCGAUCAGAUGGAGGUGGACUCUGAGAGUGCGCCGGCGGAGGGCGGCGGUCCGCACCAGGACCAGCAGCUGCUCAUCACUAACUGAGCCGCCGCCGAGCCGAACGCCGCCGAACGCAGCGGUGGCUGUUUUCGCCAUGACUGCGUGGAGUCAAACACGCAUAAUUCGCUCGCAUUUUAGCUGGCGCGGCGUCGCCCGCGCUGCGCACUUGCAUUCCACGGGAGGCGUCGCCUGACGGCCGCGCCAGCCUCGCCAAUAUCAUGGAGAGUAGAUUUUCGGGAUGGAUGCUAGGUCGACAUUGUUUUUCCUCUCUGGACGGCGGUAUAGAUGUCUGUUUUGCAUGGUUGUUGCGUCGCGCCGCGUCCAAUUUUGGUGGAGCUGUAACCCACCCGUCUCUGCCCCUUCGGCGACUGGGUCGGCGCGACCGCUGCGCCCCCCAUUUGCCGACUUUGAUUUUCAGUCUGUGAUACUGCCGUGCGGUGUAUGUAUAUAAAUCGUUUCAUCAUUCCACUAUGCAUGGCUGGUGGUGAGGGUCGCCGUCGACGCCGUGACCGCUGUGUGGCGGAUAGCGGCGCUUCUGGGCGACCUGUCCGAGCUUCUGUAGGCGACGUGGGCGGGCACCCGCGGGCCGGCGACCUGCGGGGUCGGGCCGGGCGGGCGAUCAGUCGAGGCAUUCCUGGUGGGACACCACCAAACCUGACAGAGCGAGAGAGAGAGUGAGAGAGAGCGAGGGAGCACGGGUAGAGCGAACGCGCGUUACUUUUUCCCUGUCAUCGUGGCAUGUGCAAUGCUGAAUCCGAGAGCGGGUAUAUAUGGUAAACGGGACGGCCGGGCCGACUGGUGGGGGCCGAGAGAGCUCCCUCAGUGUGAUACCGCGAGCGGGCGCAUCCUGUGUGUGUGCGUGUGUGUCGGCUCGGGCCGCGCCGGGCCCGGCGGGGCGCUUCUCUCGCAUUCCGCGGCCUCCGUUGGCCGCGCGAGGUGACGGGCCCGCUGGCGGCGGCCGUUUCCGACAAUAAUGUUUAGUGGUGUGGGCGGGAGAUGGCGCCGGUGUCGUCACGCGCCUCUCCCAGGGCGCACGGCGGUGACCGGUCAGCUGGGGCCUUAGUGUAUCUAUAUACUUCAAACCAAGUGUGAGCGCGGAAUAUGUGUGUAAAUAACUAUGUAAAAGAUCAUCUCCGUCUAACGACUCAAUGGAAUAAAAAAUAAACUCAAA